CCCCCCUCUACUACAGAAGGAAAUUUCGCCCACCGUUCAUGGCCGUUCAUGUGAACAGACGUGUGCACCGUACAGUAGCUAACUAAAAGAAGAAUAUUCCGAAAACAUGGCACAAUCAGGCAAAGUAAGAAUGACAUCUAAAAUCUACUUAUGUUUUAGGUGAAAUGGUUUACAGCAGUUGGUCUCACACGGCUACAAGUGAAAUGACAACAUGGUUGAACUCGCUAGCUAGCUAACGUUAGCAAAUUAGCUAACUACUGUAGCAAUUAGUUGAAAUACACUUCUGUGGGCAUGGAAUGUUUAGCUAGUUAACUAGCUACUUUGUAUCACUGUUGUUCACUUGAAACACGUGCUGAACGUUGUGAGUUACAAUUGAUCUAUUUCGAAUACUCAUUGGGCGGAUUCGAUUAUGCUGAGACUCGGCACACCGGGCAGAGAUAGGCCCUUCACGUCAUCGGGCGAAAACAAGCAGUAAUCUGCGACGCUUGGUCAUUUUGUCAACAAGACAGCAUGGUACAUUGUCCAGAAACAUACAACGUCUCUUUUCCAUAAAAUAAGUUAGAAUUUUCUAAACAGCUUUGAUUGGGAAGGCAGAUAAAACGUUUAUCAAAAGCAAUCCCUUUUGCAUGGGAAACACAGAAUCCCACUAAUAUAAUGUAAUGGCGCCUUUUUGUAGGCACUAACUCCACCAUGGUUCGUUGGACAAAGCCUAUGAGGAAAAUGAAUUUGGGUUUGGAUAAACGCCGAAAAUAAGGUCUGUGGUAAAAACAGGUCUAGGAGAUCCUAUAUGUUUUGUUCUAUAAGAUCAUCUUCAUCAACUAACGUCACUUUUUGUGAAUUUUGAAGAAUUUAUGUAAUAAUAAAACACAUAAGUCACAAAGGCUUCAUAAUUCAUAAAGGUCCUGUUAACCCGACUGCUAUCUCAUAGACAUUUUUUAUGAGAUUUCCUAAACCUGUGUUAAGAGCAGACCUUAUUUUCGGCGUUUAUUCCAUAACCCUAUUCCUUCCCCAUUCAUUUUUCACAUAGGGAUGGCUGAACGAACCAGAGGUAACCUAUUUCCGGGUUUUAGGAAUACAGGCUGGCGAGCUCUAUUACUACUGCAAUCAACUUUAAACCCGGGCGGGAUUAAUCGAACCCUCCCCCAGUUGUCUGUUUGUGAUUGGUUGGUGGUGAUGGGUUAAAGAACACCAGCUGAAAUGCUCAUCCCAAAGGUUGUUUUAUAGGCAAUCCCAUCAAGGACAUCAACUACACAGAAAGUUGGAGAGAUUGGUGAUGACAAAGAGGAUAAAAAUAAUUCUGGUAAGUGGUUCCCAACUAUAUUGUCCUUAAUAGCCUGUGCAAUAUUUAAUGCAAAUUAUAUUGAGAAAGUGACUUUUAAUGAGUCCUUGAUACAUCAUGGUAACUUUCAGAAGGCCAGACUGAUUCUCCAGCAUCAACAGAGGAGGUAGCUGCCCCAACUCCACAGGUCAUCGUGGUAGAUGCCCCUACUCCACAGGUAAUCUUUUCCACAGAACCUGAUGCCAAUGAGGAUGGAGAUGGAGACAAAGUAGCUCCUAUUGAAGAUGAUGUUACAGAGGACAAGGAGGUCAAAGAUGUCCCAGGUAAAGACAAUGCUUUGAGGGGUGGCAAGCAUAGACCAUAUAUUUAGUGUGUGUGACAUCAAGUCCCAGCAUGUAAUUGGAAUAGUGAUAAUGUUCAUAUGACAUUUCUUAAAAGCAAAACAUUUGCUGUCCCCUUAAAUUCAGUAGGUAUUUCCUUUGUUAAUGAAUAUUGUUUAUGUAGAUUGUGAAGGGGAGCAGAUGGAUACAACUCCUGCCCCUGCUGCUGAGGAGGAAACGGUUAAGGUCACAUUUGAGUCAGAAAAUGCAGUCGAAGAUGCCAAUAAUGUUGACGAGAAGACCAAUGGAAAUGACCAGGGUGAGGGCAAAGAACAACAGAAUUGUAAUGCAUAUUUGCCAGGGGUGUAUUCACUCCGAAGCAAACAGAACCAAACGGGAAGGGACCUAUCUUAAUUUAUCCAAUAAAAACUCAUUUUUGUUGCCAAAUGCAACUGUUAGGACUAAUUAUUACACACACCCCAGAUGUCACUCAUUUAUGUUUUUCCAUCAGGGUAUGUAUGGAAUAGUGUUUAAUACAUGUGUCUGCAUUUCUUUCUCCAGCUGUUGCAGUAGCCCCAGUAAAAAGGAAAGCAGAGGAUGAGACUUCUCCAGCGAAGAAAACAAAGGGCAUUAAUGAUGGUACGAUUGUGAGCAAGAGUUAAAAUCACUCCCUCUGUUUGAGUGCUUGAUUGAUGGUGUCAGUGAGCUAACGUGCACCUUCGUGUUUCUUUUUCUUUUUGAGGUUUUUGUCUUUUUGUUGGAAACUUGAACACAACCAAGGAAGUGGAGGAACUCAAUGAUGCCUUGGCCAACUUUUUUACAUCGCAUAGUCUGUUAUUUCAGGCUAUUAGAGUGGACAUAACAAAGUGAGUACCUGGCAUUUUUAUGCACUGCAUAAACUUAACCUCUUCAAAUGUUUGCAGAUUUCCUCAUGAUACAGAUUAUUCCCCAUUUCAUGGCAAAGGAUUUGUAUAAGUAUAUUAACAUAAUGUCACAUUUUUUUGGGGUGUGCAUUCUAUAGGAAGUUCGCAUAUGUAGACUUUCAUACAGAGGAAGACUUGAUGAAAGCCCUUGAGCUGGAUAGGGUGAAGAUCCUAGACCAAAAGAUAAGGUUAGGCAAGGCUAAUGUCAAAGACGUCACAGCAGAUGAAAAAAAAGGUACUUGUCAUCUUGAGUGAGUUUUCCAUGCCAUUGAUAUAUUAGACAUUUCUAGAAUUGAUUGAUUUCCAUGUACUGACAGGAGUCUCUUCCCCCCCCCCACACACACACACACAGCUAAAGAUGCCAAGACCUUGUACGUCAAGAAUAUCCCAUUCGCAGCAACAAAGGAGGACUUGAAGAAAGUCUUUGACACGGCUGUCGAAAUCAGGUUUCCUAGAGGCAUUGGUAGACCAAGCAAAGGGUGAGAGUUGACAUCCAAAGUGUCCAGUUGAUAUCAAUGCUUGAUUUACGUGAAAAUGCAAGGUAUGUGUGUAUCCCAAGAUUCAGCUCUUAACACUUGGCAUCUAUUUAAUUGUGACAGAAUUGCCUACAUAGAGUUCAAAACGGAGGCCAUUGCUGAGAAAGUGCUGGAGGAGAAGCAGGGGACUGAUGUCCAAGGCCGUGUCAUCGUUAUUGACUUUUUGGGAGAAAAGAGCCAACAACAAAAAAUGACCAAUGCUCCAGGUAAGGAUGGACUGAAAUGAAGUCACUGGGAAUUAUAUUACUGUAGAAGCACAAGGUACUUGAAUAGAUAUAUGGCUAGUCAUGUUGCUGCUCAUUAGCAUCUUCGAGAUGAAAGACUGAUUACAAAGUGUAUUAAUUCACUGAUUAGCUAACAUGUUCUCAAAUGUUCUGUUCCAUAGCUGAGGCCACACCAAAUAACGAAUUAUUGGUGACCAACCUGGCUUACACUGCAAAAGAGGAUGCCCUAAAGAAAGUCUUUCUCAAAGCAGUCAGUGUCAGAAUACCUCAGAGCAAUGGCAAACCAAGAGGGUAAGGGUGCACAUUGAUGCUGCACCUGCUUUGUUGAGCUCUACUGAACAUUUUGAACACCAUCAAAUAGAUCAUUAUAAACAUUUGAUUAUGAUUAAUUUGAGUCAUUUCAUGUUCAGAAUGCACAUGGAAAUGGUAACUUAAGACAUUUAUGUUAAUUUGCUUUUUCCCUCUUUUAAGUCAUGCCUUCAUUCAGUUUGAAAGUGUGGAGGAUGCCAAAGAAGCCAUGGAAUCAUCGUUAAACAAAGAGAUUUGUGGAAGAGCCAUCGGCGUGAAGUUCAGCCAGAAGAGGCCAGAAGGGGACCAAGGGAACUCGGGUGAAUAUUACUUUUAGACUUACCCAAUGAAUGUCUCAUAGCAGAAAAUUGGUUGGUGAAUCAUUUAAGUUGUUUGACUGUGCCAUCAUUCAUACCUAUGUAUUUUGUGUUCUCUUGUAGUUCCUUCAAAGACGUUGAUGGUCAGGAAUCUUGCCAAGGAGACGAGUGAGGAGACUUUGAAAAGCUCCUUUGAAGGUGCCAUUGAAGCUCGAGUCACCAAAGACAAGGAGACUGGUGAAUCUAGAGGGUAUGUCUCGAAAUAUGACCCUUUUGAAACCACAUUGUUAUUACAUUCAGACAGUCCUUUGAAUACUCAUUCUUGGCACUUCUCAGGUUUGGCUUUGUGGACUUUGAGAGCAUAGAGGUCUGCAAGGCUGUCAAGGAGGCUGUGGUGGACCUUCAGAUUGACGGGAGCAAGGUGACCCUGAUCUAUGCCACACCCCAGGGUGAACGAGGACCUCGUGGAGAAGGAACAGGCUUCAACAGGAGCUUCAGAGGGAAACCUGGAGGUCGAGGUGGCGCUAGAGGCAGGGGUAGGGGUGGAGGCUUCAGGGGUGGACGAGGAGGUGAGAUCUAGGUUGAAUUGAAUUUGGAAAAGUAAUGAGGACAUGUCAGUUGAUACUUCAAAUCAAAUUUAAUUUGUCACAUGCUUCGUAACAACCGGUGAAAUGCUUUCUUACAGGUCCUUUUCCAACAAUGUAUAAUAAUAAUAUAAUAUGCCAUUUAGCAGACGCUUUUAUCCAAAACGACUUACAGUCAUGUGUGCAUACAU